AACUGUCAGUUACGGGGGCGGCCCGGCAGGCUGGCGGGCGGGCGCUCGCUGGCUACCUCGUAGCUCUUCGUCGCGCGCUCCGUCUCGCCGCCUGUGGGGAAGUCGGGGCCGCCCAAGCGGCCGCCGCCGCAGCCUCGCCCCGACUUCCUCCCAGUCCUCUAUCCCCGGCUCGGUCUCUCCCGCCCGCACGCGCCGAGUACUGAGCGGCCCCGCGGAAGGUUCGGAGAGUCACCGCGGCGGCGCCGCGUGGUGUCUGAACCAUGUUAAGGAGGAUUUUGCAGAGGACUCCUGGGAGAGUUGGUUCUCAAGGUUCUGAUUUAGAUUCAUCAGCAGCUCCCGUAAACACAGUGGAUGUCAAUAAUGAAAGUUCUUCAGAGGGUUUCAUCUGUCCAUUAUGUAUGAAAAGAUGUAUAACUGCUAUUGAUUUGUCGGAGCAUUACCAGAAAGUGCACGCUGAAAAUGAGACAAGAGGACAGGAACUUCUUAAUGACUCCAGUGUUACUGGUUUCAUAUGUCCCCAGUGUAUGAAAUCUCUUGGGUCUGCUGAUGAACUCUUCAAACACUAUGAGGCAGUCCAUAAUGCUGGUAAUGAUUCAGGUCAUGGAGGAGAAGCGCUGGCUCUGAAGCGAGAUGACAUAACACUACUCAGGCAAGAGGUCCAAGACCUACAGGCAUCACUGAAGGAGGAAAAAUGGUACUCAGAAGAAUUAAAGAAAGAAUUAGAAAAAUUUCAAGGGCUGCAGCAGCAAGAGUCUAAACCUGAUGGAUUAGUGGCUGAUUCAUCAGCAGAAUUGCAGUCUUUGGAACAACAAUUAGAAGAAGCCCAAACAGAAAAUUUUAAUAUUAAGCAAAUGAAAGACUUAUUUGAACAGAAAGCAGCCCAACUUGCCACUGAAAUUGCAGAUAUAAAGUCAAAAUAUGAUGAAGAAAGGAGUCUUCGAGAAGCUGCUGAACAAAAAGUGACACAUCUAACAGAAGAAUUAAAGAAAGAAGCAACUAUAAUUCAAGAUCUAAAGACUGAACUGCUUCAGAGACCUGGAAUAGAAGAUGUUGCUGUGCUAAAGAAAGAACUGGUCCAAGUUCAAACACUAAUGGACAAUAUGACCUUGGAACGUGAGAGAGAAUCUGAAAAACUCAAAGAUGAAUGCAAAAAGUUACAAGCAGAACAUGCUAACUCAGAGGCCACAAUAAGCCAGCUGAGGAGUGAACUUGCCAAAGGCCCCCAGGAAGUUGCUGUAUAUGUGCAGGAACUACAAAAACUUAAAAGUUCAGUUAAUGAAUUAACACAAAAAAAUCAGAACUUGACUGAAAAGUUGCAGAAGAAAGAACUGGACUAUACUCAGUUAGAGGAGAAACAUAAUGAAGAAUGUACAAGUAAAAAGAAUAUACAAGCAAGCCUUCAUCAAAAAGACCUAGAUUGCCAGCAGCUUCAGUCAAGGUUAUCUGCAUCUGAAACCUCACUGCAGAGAAUACAGGCAGAACUAGGUGAAAAGGGAGAAGCUACUCAAAAGCUCAAAGAAGAAUUAUCAGAAGUGGAGACCAAGUACCAGCAUCUUAAGGCAGAGUUUAAACAGCUACAACAACAGAGAGAAGAAAAGGAACAGCAUGGGUUACAACUCCAAAGUGAAAUUAAUCAAUUACAUAACAAACUUCUGGAGACAGAGCGCCAACUAGGAGAAGCUCAUGGUAGGCUGAAGGAACAGAGACAGCUUUCAAGUGAAAAGUUGUUGGAUAAAGAACAACAAGUGGCUGAUCUACAAUUCAGACUUUCUCGUUUAGAAGAAGAGUUGAAGGAAAAAGUAGCAAAUUCCACAGAAUUGCAGCAUCAGUUAGAUAAAACAAAGCAACAACAUCAAGAACAACAAGCUCUUCAGCAAAGCACUACAGCAAAACUUCGUGAAGCUCAGAAUGAUUUGGAACAAGUACUACGUCAAAUUGGUGAUAAGGACCAAAAGAUCCAGAACCUUGAAGCCUUAUUACAGAAGAGUAAAGAAAAUAUUUCUUUACUAGAAAAGGAAAGAGAAGAUCUUUAUGCAAAAAUUCAGGCUGGUGAGGGAGAGACUGCUGUUCUUAACCAGUUACAAGAAAAAAACCAUACAUUACAAGAACAAGUAACUCAACUAACAGAGAAGCUGAAGAAUCAGUCAGAAAGCCAUAAACAAGCCCAGGAGAAUUUGCAUGACCAGGUGCAAGAGCAGAAGGCACAUCUUAGAGCUGCACAAGACCGCGUCCUUUCCCUAGAAUCCAGUAUCAAUGAAUUACACAGUCAAUUAAAUGAAAGCAAGGAGAAAGUCACCCAGCUUGAUAUACAGAUUAAAGCCAAAACUGAGUUAUUGCUAUCAGCAGAAGCAGCAAAAACUGCUCAAAGAGCAGAUCUUCAAAAUCAUUUGGACACAGCCCAAAAUGCAUUACAAGAUAAACAGCAGGAGUUAAAUAAGAUCACUACUCAGUUGGAUCAGGUUACUACAAAGCUGCAGGAUAAGCAAGAACAUUGCGGUCAGCUGGAAAAUCAUCUUAAAGAAUAUAAAGAGAAACACUUCUCUUUAGAACAGAAAACUGAAGAAUUAGAAGGUCAAAUUAAGAAACUAGAAGCUGAUACUCUUGAAGUUAGAGCAAGCAAGGAGCAAGCUUUGCAGGAUCUACAACAGCAAAGACAGCUGAACACAGAUUUAGAGCUUAGAGCCACAGAAUUGAGUAAACAGCUUGAAAUGGAGAAAGAAAUAGUAUCCAAUACAAAGUUGGAUCUACAGAAGAAAUCUGAAGAACUUGAAAAUAUUAAGCAAAUGCUUACCACACAAGAAGAAGAAAAAAAAAUCCUUAAACAAGAAAUUGAAAAUUUAAGUCAAGAUGCAAAGAUGCAACAUAAGGAAUUGAAUAACAAAAUUCAGACAGCAUUGACAGAACUACAAAAAGUGAAGAUGGAGAAAGAAACUCUAGUAGCAGAGCUUUCUGCAGCAAAAGAGAAAUUAUCAAAAGUUUCUGAUUCUUUCAAGAACUCCAAAAGUGAAUUUGAAAAGGAAAAUCAGAAAGGAAAAGCUGCUAUAUUAGAUUUGGAGAAAACUUGCAAAGAGUUAAAGUAUCAACUUGAAGUACAGACGGAAAGCACACAUAAGGAACAGAAUGAACUGAAAAAGUUACUUGAAAAAGAGAAGGAAACUUCUCAUCAGUUGAAGUUGGAGCUCAGUUCAAUGCAGGGACAAGUCAUACAGGUCCAGAACAGUUUAAAACAAAAGGAAAAAGAAGAACAACAACUUCAGAGUAAUAUAGAUGAGCUAAAGCAAUUGACUGAACAGAAGGAAAAGCAGAUUGAAGCACUCCAAGGAGAGGUUAAAACUGCUGUUUCACAGAAGACAGAACUUGAGAAUAAACUACAGCAGCAGUCAACACAAGCAGCACAGGAACUUGCAGCAGAGAAACAGAAAAUAUCAGGGUUACAAAACACAUAUGAAAAAAGUCAGGAAAAUCUGAAACAGCUUCAGUCUGAUUUCUAUGGGAAGGAAUCUGAACUUCUUGCCACGAGGCAAGAUCUUAAGUCUGUAGAAGAGAAGCUUUCUCUAGCACAGGAGGACUUGAUUUCAAACAGAAAUCAAAUUGGAAACCAAAAUAAAUUGAUUCAAGAACUGAAGACUGCCAAGACUACUUUGGAGCAAGAUUCUGCAAAUAAAGAACAGCAAUUGAAGGAGCAGAGUAAAGCACUACAAGAUAUUCAGAAAGAAAAGUCACUGAAAGAAAAAGAACUAGUAAAUGAAAAAUCUAAAUUGGCAGAGGUAGAGGAAAUUAAGUGUAGACAAGAGAAAGAAAUUGCCAAAUUGAGUGAAGAACUCAAGUCUCAUAAACAAGAAAGCAUAAAGGAGGUAACAAAUCUCAAGGACGCCAGACAGCUUUUGAUUCAGCAGAAGUUAGAGCUUCAAGGGAAAGUAGAUUCUCUGAAGGCAACCCUUGAACAGGAGAAGAAAAACCAGCAAAUGCUAAAAGAGCAGAUGAAAAAGGAAGAAGAUGAGCUAAAGAAAGAAUUUAUGGAGAAGGAAGCUGAACUGCAUUCCAAAAUAAAAGAAAAAGAAGUAGGAAUGAAGAAGCAUGAAGAAAACGAGGCUAAAUUUACCAUGCAGAUUACAGCAUUAAAUGAAAACUUGGGCACCAUAAAGAAGGAGUGGCAGUCCAGUCAACGGAGAGUCAGUGAGCUCGAGAAACAGACGGAUGACUUACGGGGUGAAAUUGCAGUAUUGGAAGCAACAGUUCAGAAUAAUCAAGAUGAAAGGAGAGCAUUACUAGAAAGGUGUCUUAAAGGAGAAGGCGAAAUAGAAAAGCUUCAAACCAAAGUACUAGAAUUGCAAAGAAAGCUGGAUAAUACAACUGCAGCAGUGCAGGAACUGGGCAGAGAGAAUCAGUCCCUUCAAAUCAAACACACACAAGCGUUGAAUAGAAAGUGGGCUGAAGACAAUGAAGUACAAAACUGUAUGGCCUGUGGGAAAGGCUUUUCAGUAACAGUGAGACGGCAUCACUGCAGACAAUGUGGAAAUAUCUUCUGUGCUGAGUGUUCAGCCAAAAAUGCCUUAACUCCUUCUUCCAAGAAGCCUGUUCGUGUCUGUGAUGCAUGUUUCAAUGACUUGCAAGGAUAAUGGGUUAUCACAACUUCAGAGUAAUAUUACACUAACAUUAGAUUUUUAAUAAAUGCACUUAAUAGAGGUCUUGGACUACUACUAUUUGAUUUGGACAGUGAUUGCAAUACUAAACCAAAUUAGAAUUCGUAUAUUUUGGAAUGUUAUCAAUAGCAAGUAAAACUCUUCUAUUUUUGUGAGACUUGAGCUCAUCUUUCAUUACGUUUUUCCAUUUAACUCCAGAGCAGCUUUCAUGCCAAGUUUAGAAGUAGCCAAUGAAAUGUAAAUAAAUUUUGGAUGGAAAAUAGCAAUGUAUUUUUUUAAAUAUAAUUUCAUUGUUCAGGAAUGACAUGAAUACACUUCCAUAGCUUACUUCAUUCUCCCAAAUUUAGUAUACAGAAAUGUACAUGGGUGAUGUUACCAUAUCAGAUAUGUUGCACAACAUUAAUUAUAUUAAAUAUUCUCAUUGUGAAGUCAUGCACAGAACUAUAAAGCUUUCUUUCUUAUACAUAGGUCCAUAGCUCAGCUGCAUUGUUAUAAAUUUACUACUCGAGUGUUCUGAAUACAGAUUAUGUUUAAAUAUGUAUUAACCAUGAAUUCAAACAUGGUUUUUAUUUUAACAAUAUUGAUUAAAUUUUCUUGGGUGGAUUUUAUGAAAACCUGUAAAAUUAAUUUGCUUAUUUUAUGGUUAUCCUUGGGUUGUAUUUUAAAGAUUAGGGUUAAUUUUUCUUUGUGUCUUUUUCUAUCUCAUUUUUAAACUCCCACAUAUUCUUAAUUAAGAAUCCUACAAAACUUCCCACCCUCACCCCCAGUUGGAAGGUGAAUAAUAGAAGUUGUAUAAUGGUCCUUUUCUCUGUUUCUUUUAUGUGGGAAGUCUUCUGAGAUUAGCCUUCAUUUUCUAUCCUCAUUUUGUCUCUCCAGCAUCUUCAGGAAUCUGAAUUUGCUUUUUUAAUGGAUCUGCUUUUUUCAAGGUAAUUUGGUUUAACCUUCUCAAGCAUAGCUUAGCUUCACUGUAAUUGUUUUAUAAUUUUGCAUCUUAAAGCUAGUAACCGAUAUUGCUGUAGUCUUAUCUGUGAAAACAAAUACAAAAUGGUAAGGAGACAUUAAAUAUUCUUCUGCUUUAUAUUUUCUUCUUACCUAAUAGGGAAGAAUUUUUUAAAGUUUUGAACUUGACUUAAAUUUUAAAAGGUUCUGAAUUUGGGGUUCCAUAUCAACUGUAUAUGUUUAUUUUGCAAAAAUAAUACUAUAAAAUUACUGGGUUGGCCAAAAAGUUCAUUUGGGUUUUUCCAAAACAUCUUAUGGAAAAAACCUGAACGAACUUUUUGGCCAACCCCAUACCUUGAAAGAACAGUUGGAUAAAAAGAGUAUCUCUAAAAACAAAUGUAUUUAGGAAUCCCCAAAUUAUAACCAGAAGUGAAACAGAAUGGCUAAUUGAGGGUAAAAAUUAGGUUAUUUGUAUGCUGAACGAUGGAAUAGAACUUUAUCAUAGUCUUACUAAUUUGGAAAAUUGGAAGACAUCUGAAAAGUCAUUAAUAUUGGUUUAUUACUCUUUCUAAGAAGAAAUGUAAAGUUACAUAUUCAGUGCAGUCAUUUGGUAAUAGGGAAGGAUGGGAGCUAUUUCAUUUACAAUAAAUAGUUUAUAAUAUACACUUGCCUUCAAAUAUCAUGCUGAAAUGAAAUUGUUUUUAUACUCUUCCUAUAAUGUAUACAAACUAAAAGAGAUUGCCAUAUAUUCAUUUAAUUAUUUAAAAAACUCAUUUGAGUAGACUCUGUUGUCAGUAGCUACUAAGGACUCUGAGUCCCUGGACUUGGAUAAACAUAUAUCCUUGAGCAUACAGAAUGAAGAAAUACAAUGGCUCUUUAUUAAAAAUAAUAGUUGGAUAAUAGAAAUUGAGCUAAAAUUAUGCAUUUUCACAUAAUUCUUUCAAAUAGUCUUAAGUCUACGUUUAUACAUAUAAGUAAAUUAAUAAGCAUGUUGGAAAAACAUACAGCACCAUUGUUUAUUAUUUUUUAUGAUAAUGACACUUCAUGGGAAUUCUUCUGUAUUAGAAUAUCUGUUCACUUCAUCUCCUAAGGGGGUGCACUGAAGGCCUUUUCCUGUCUUGUCCCCCUGGCCACAUACUGACAACAAGAUUGUGGGGACAACAAAUACAACCAUAUACAUUUGAAUGAUUUUCUACUUUUCAUCUAGCUAAUCUCACUUCAUAGGCCCCAAAUAAUUAGGCUACUAUAUUAGUUAGAAAUGAAACAAUAUUUUGCUAUUAAUCUCACCGAUAAGGUGUUUUGGAAACAAAAAUUAAAGGGUUUUCUUUUUCUUUUAAUUAAAAAGUCAUUUUCUGAGUGCGUAUUGGUUCGACAUUUUAGAUGUCUGUCGGUACUAUUUGUCAGUGAUUUAAGAGCUGGCACAUGUGGAGGUCCAGCUCUCAGCUCUGAUGCAAAGCAUACUGGCAUUACAUGUUAGGAAAUUCUAAACCCCAGCAGAGAAACAUGAGUUAAAAUCAAGUCUUGCUGGGUUAGUGUACAGUAAACUAUACCUGCAGAAUUUUUAGUAGAAAGAAGGCAAAGCUGCUGGUAUAGGAUUUAUUUUGAAGAAAAAAGAGGGAAACAAACACAAAAACCUCAAUGCAGUGUAUAAUUUUGUUCAACUACCUCUUAAUGUGGAAUUAGCUAGUUUAAUAGUUUCCUCACAGUAAUGUUAAAUAGUAACUGCCAAAUUUGUUAGUUCCCCAUCUCUCUUGAAAAGGCUGUAUGAUUAUUUUAUAGUUUUGGGAACUUUAAAGCCACUUUUUUUUAAACCUUGUAUUUGCAUAAAGAUGUUUAGCUUUUAAGUGGAAAGCAAACUAUGAUCAUAUAUUUUGAUAUUCAUGACCUAUUUGACUCUAGCAGUUUUUUUUUUAAAUGCACUUUGGCUAUGAAACCAUGGAUGAUUUGAUCCAUAAGACUGAAAUGUGCCAUUAAUUUACUGUUCCUAGACGUGAGCUUGAUGAAUGGUAUUCUGUAAUUAUGUAAUGUGCCACACAUUAUUGUCUUAAUUGCCCUUUGCCUGAAUUUUAAUGAUUAGCGUUAUUGUUUCAAAUGUGAAUACUGUGCAUAAACUUACUAAGUUUAUGUAAAACUGUAUAAACUAGAGUUGGAAAUAGCUAGGUUCUCUCCCUGUAGAAGUAAUGAAUUUAUUGUAACGAUGCAGUUAUGUAUAUGACAUCCUGUACUUCUUGAACUGGAUCAUAUAUUCAUAGCUUCUGUAGAUACUUUUGCAUGAGUAUUUUGUUUCAUUUUUGGAUUCAUUGUAUUGUUUACUACUUGUGAUCAUGUAGUUGUGCCUUAUUUGUGAGUUUAGCUCAGUAAAUACUGUGGUUUCUAAACUCAGUGAGUGGAAGGUUAUUGAUUAUAAAUGUAACUGAUAAAUUACAUAACAUUUAAAUCUGUAUAAAGAACAAUGGAAGGAUCCUUUAUUGAAUUGUUGCUUUUUAAAAAAAAAUAUGCUAAAGAUAUUAAAAGUCAUUUCUUUCUAGUAGAUAUAUUCUGUGACUAAAUUACUUUGUCUAUUUAAAAAAGAGAGAUAUUGGCCAUUUUGCAUUAAUUUAUUUACAGACUUAGAAAUUUGCACUUGGAUAUAGAUAAUGGGUGUGCCUUAUUUAUUUUUACUGGGGUAUAGUUGCUUUACAAUGUUGUGUUAGUUUCUGCUGUACAGCAAAGUGAAUCAGCUAUAUGUAUACAUAUAUUACCUUUUUGGAUUUCCUUCCCAUUUAGGUUACCACAAAGCAUUGAAUAGAGCUCCCUGUGCUAUACAGUAGGUUCUCAUUAGUUAUCUAUUUUAUACAUAGUAUCAACGUGUAUAUGUCAAUCCCACAACUGGUGUGCUUUAAUGUUCAACUUAGAAUAGUAAUUAGCAAUUAAGUUCAUAUUUCAAGAGAAAUUACUAAUGCUAUUUUGCUUCAGACAGCCCCUUUUCAUUUCAUGCAUUAUUGUGGAGAAUUAACAAAACUAAAAAAUAUUAAACAAUAUUAAUCUCUUCUUUCAUUGUACAUUUAAAUUUAAUACCCAGGUGACCACUUAAAUAUACUUUUCUGAAGGCUCAGUGUACCAUUGUGUUUUUACUGUUUUUUCCUCUGGGAAAGGUUCCAGAAGUGAUUUUUCAUUUUACUCUAAUGUGCUUCCCUCUGAAGAGAAUAAUGUGCAUAUCCUCAAGCACUUUAGAUAUAUUCUUUUGUGAACUUUAUAGAAUUUCACUUUAAAUACACAGCAUAUUCUUUUAAAAUUUAUUUUAUUGUGGUAAGAGAAGUUAACAUGAGAUCUACCCUCUUGACAACUCUUAUAAGUUGUACAGUAUGGCAGAUUCCCCCAAGGUUACUCACUUUGCUUAACUGAAACUUUAUGCCCAUUGGUUAGUAACUCCCCAUUUCUCCCUACUCCCUGCCUCUGGUGACUACCAUUCCACUCACUGACUCUAUGAAUUUGAGUAUUUUAGAAAUCUCACAUAAGUGAAAUCAUGCAGUAUUUGUCUUUCUGUGACUGACUGACUUAUUUCCCUUAACAUAAUGUCCUCAAGGUACAUCUAUGUUGUUGCAUAUUGCAGAAUUUCCUUUUUCAAGGCUGAAUAGAAUUCCAUUGUAUGUACAUACCAGAGUUUCUCUAUCCACUUAUCUGUUGGUGAACAUUAAAGUUUUUUUUCCCACAUCUUGGCUAUUGUGACUAGUGCUGCAGUGAACAUAGAAGUGCUAAUAUUUCUUUGUAUGUAGCAUAUGCUAAAGCUGUUUACAUCUUAACUAAAUUUACAUGUUAAUUUAGUCUUUUUCUCCCUUUAAUGAGAUUUAAGGGAGAAACUAGUUUUUAUUCAUAUAUGUUUACUGGACUCAUGGAACUAAAAGGAAUCUUGAGAGAUCACCUAGUCCUAGUUCACUGCCCUUUUCCUAGGCUGGCUGAUGUCUAGAAAUCCUUGCAAGAUGAUUGUUAAUUUUUUCUGAAAAAAUACAUAUUUUUCAUCUUUAAGAACUCACUUGGAAUUUGUUCUCCUGUAUUUUUGCCUUUUUUCUCAUUUAUUCUUAAGCAAUAGUCUUCUAUUCAGAGCCUAUAUAGAGGAAGUGACCCUCCAUUCUAAUAAUGCU